AUGAAUUCCAAUUCCAAUUCCAAUUCCAAAUCAAAUAAAAAGAUCAAAAUUGAUCCACCAUUCGAAUUCGAAUAUGAUGAUCGAUUGAGCGCACUUCCCGACCCAAUUAUCGUCGACAUUCUCUCUCUCCUCCCCUUCACCGCCGCAGUAACCACCGGAAUUUUAUCGCGGCGGUGGUUUCACUUUUGGAACCAACUUACAACGUUUCGAGUCGAUACCGAUACCGAUACCGUCCCAUUUGGGUGUUACAAGAAGUUUUUCAGUGUCAUGGAUGAUGUGCUACACCAGCUUUCUUCGCCGGAGAUUGAAAUCUUUGAAUUUCAAGCUCCGCCACCUCCAUUUGAUUGUUCUGAUCAAUUUAAAUCAUUAGUUGAACACAUUAUUGACCGCCGUGUUAAGGAGUUUAAGGUAAAUUUCACAAACCAUGAUUUUUUUGAUCGGAUUCUAUUGCCGGAUUUUGUGCUUGAGAGCAGGUCAUUGAAGGUUCUUGAAUUAGGGUUUGGGUUUGAUUAUAAAUUGCCUGAAAAUGGUGUUAAUCUUCCGAAUUUGAGAAAGCUUGAUGUUAGUAUUUAUGAUGAUAAUAUUGAUUUUUUGGGAAAACUUGUUAAAUGUUGUCCUGUCUUAGAAGAUUUGCAGAUUGAAGGGGAAUUGGUGGAUUAUGAGAACUCGAUUGAGAUAUUUAGUCUGAAUUUGAAGUUACUGCGGAUAGGAAUCGUUUCUUAUUCGCCGCUUACUAAGGUUUUGAUUGAUGCUCCUAAGCUUGAAUACUUCAAUGUGAGUGGUCCUAAUUUGCUCAAGUUCUGUUUUGCUAAAGUCCCUAGUAAAUUGUUUGAUGUAGAAGUUUGUACAACCUUUGAUGGGGGUGUAUCGUCGAAAGGUUCUCUCGAAUGGGAGCUUGUUAGAUCAAUUGCAAAUGUUAGGACCCUUGUUCUACAAGGGAAUAUAUCCCCUGCCUUCUAUUACAUGAACAAGUAUCCAUUGCCGGUUUUUCAAGGCCUCGCAUCCCUUGAAUUGUCCUUGCAUUUUCCGACAUUUUGGAAAGGGUUGAUGCGCUUUCUUGAAUUCUGUCCAAACUUGCAGAUCAUUAGGUUGCAACGUAUUGAUUUUGCGUGGUAUGGAGCUGGUUGGGUUGAACUCGAUAUUGUUCCAGUUUGUUUGUUGACUAAGGUUAAGAGCAUAAUGUUAAAGGAUCUUGUUGGAGUGAAACAUGAGUUGAAACUACUUGGUUACAUUCUACUGGUAGCAAAAGUUUUAGAAACCCUUCAGAUUACUAUUGCUGAGCCUAAAUCUGAGGAACAUAAAAGCCUUCUGUUACGCAAGGAAUCCGAGUUUUGUCAACAAUUGUACAGGUUUCCUAAGAGUUCGAUAAGCUGUCAGAUUAAGGUUGUAAGUCCUGUAUCUUCUUAUUAA